CGGGACCGAUCCACACCGAUCGAGGCCUCCGAUUUCGAGAGUGCUUGCUAUUGUGCGUGACCCUCGGGAGGGACGUGGGAAACCUGUGGAACCUGUGCGAGCCUGUCCCUCGUCUAGCUCGACGGCGAUCGAGAGGAUUUUCGAAGGAUCGCACAAAUCCGGAGUCUCGUCGCAUCACAAUCAAGAGCUUAAUUUUCACUGCAGUGAAUAUCAUGUGCGCCGAUUUCUUCUUUCUUUGUUCGAAGCCAGAGGGUGCGUUAAAUUUUUUUAAGUAAAUAAAAUUUUUAAACAAAGCUUUACGCAUUGUGAGACGCACGAAAUAAUAAACGAAUAAGACCAAUGUGGAUUGAUAGAAAGAUUCUUAGUUUACCAACUUUGCGUGUUAGGUGAUUACUCUUUCAUAUGAUUGCAAGAGAGAGACGUGCGAGAAAUUGAAGUCUAACUAUUGAAGUGAAGUGAGAAAGGCCUGCGAUUUAUAUCGUGCGAAGCCGUUUCUCGGAGCGAAAAGAGAUUACCCCGAUACGUGUGAAUCAUAGUCGCGGAUCGUAAUUUCGCACGCGGAGCAUCAUUUCUUUCUGACUUGAAGGCACGCUUAAAGUCGCCGCAAAUCAAAGUUCCUGUACAAUUCAGAUUGGGCCGCUCCGCUUGAAACUGAACGUUCCAUCUAUUGCGUUGCAUCCAUAAAGUGAAAAAGUAAAUCGCGAUCGUAAUUCACAGAUUAUCUCUUUCUCUAUAGGUGCCGACUCGCGGCGCGAUCAGAUGAUAAACCGGAAAGAAACGGUCCAAAGGCGAAACCGGGAGGAAGUGAGGUAUCUAGAUUUGUAGAACGGCUGCGUUGUGCUGAUGUAUGCCACGGAUAUACGUUGUGCCAGUGCGCGCGGUUGUGAACGAUCGGCUUGGUGAUUUGACUGGUGAUCUCUCCUUCGCAAUCGGGAUCGAGAUCGCCGAUUUUUCCCGAGCGCGCCGAAACUUUGAAAAUCCGCGGAAUACCACGAGAGAUGCUCGAUCGCUGGCGGCACAAUUCAUCGAGGGAUUUCCGAUCAUGGAUCUGCGCGCUGUCACCCAACGAUUGUUGACUCUCUCAGGUGGAAUCGCGCGGCGGGCAUUGGCGAAAGUAUUUUCGAUCGUCUGCAGAAGGUGAAGGAAGGAUGAAGAAUGCCCCGCGCUGGCGGAGGAGACGGGGGUAGCGGGCCCCAGAGGACGGGAGGGGGUGGCUUUGGAGGAUGGCUGGGGGGCGCUGCAAGGGCCGUGACGGGUGGAGGCGGUACUGGAUAUGUUGUUCUCGGUGGUACCAGAUACGGUCUGCGGAUCUCUCAGGAGAGUCUGCCGCCGAUCAACUCCAGAGAGGAUUCGCAGGAGCGCCGACGGAAGCGGAAUUCGCGCGAGAGCGACUCACGGGAGCGGCUGGCCGAGAGGCCGGUAGUGGAAAAGCCUAUCGAUCUGGCGGCCAGCAUCACCGAUUGCUGCUGCAUCGGUCCACGAUCACGUCUCCCGCUGCCGCGGAUCCCGCCGGCAAUCUCCGCGUCCUCGACCUCGACGUCCUUGAUGGCAACAGCGGCAUCGUCCGCGUCGUCAUCGUCGGCGUCGUCGUCGUCGUGCCCUUCGGUUGUCGCCGGUGGUUAUCCGUCCGGGGAGAUCGCCGACGGCUGCUCGCCGCCUCUUCCUGCUUCCACCGCGAGUGUCGCGGAGACGACGCCGACGCUCGCUAAUAAUAGUCGCGGCGCGAUGCAAACAUCGGUGGGGAACAUCGGCAGCACCAGCCAGCAGCAGCAGCAGCAACAGCCGCCACAUCACUACCAACAGCACUAUCCCCAAACAGCGGUGGCGGCGGUAACGUCGUCGUACUCACCCUCGACGUCGCUCGACUACUCGUCCGGCGUCCCGACGACGACGCAGACCGUCUCCGUGCCGCGACAGCUCGCUCAGUGGACGAAGCAUCAGACGCUCAAGCUGCAGGAGCCAGCAGUGAUAGCGGUGGACCGAUUGCACAGGUUUCGCUGGAGCGGGGGCGGAGGAGGAAGUGGCAAGAAAUCCUCUUCCGGCCCCCGCAGCGAGAAGGCCGAACGCCUUCGCGAACUCACUGAGAAACUCAAGGGACCAGCACCGGUUCCGCCACCCAGAAGACCAUCGCGAGUACAGGCUUCCUCCCCUCCUCCAACCGGAUACCAGCCGUCGUUUCAAAAUUAUCCACAGACGGGCUCAAAUCCAAGUUGCGGUCGUUGCGAGGGUCGAUCAUCUCAUCGCAGUUAUACGUACAGCGAAGGUAGCCAACAUGGUAGUAAUAAUCAGCAGCAGCAGCAGCAACAACAGCAACAGCAGGAAGAAACUCCGAAGACGAUGGUCCGCAGUGAGAGUGUCAGUGAAGAGUGUCUCAGUGAUCGCUCGGGAAACAGCAUAUACAGGAAGCCCUGCCACGACUCGAGGAAGACCUCGAGAUCAGGCAGACCCGAGAGAAACAGUGAUGACGUCAGUGACCUCAGAAGCAAACCGAAUGCCAAUGCGGAGGCGGCAAAACACUUGAGACAGUACAGUGAUUCCGUGGUGGACAGUGCUACGAGUGUGGACGAUUUGUGUGAUAACCUGAGCGCCGCUUCCGUUGGUGGCAACGAGGGGGAGGCCCGGGAUGCCAUCACCAGGUUGGAGCCGCGUGGGCUGCUCGCCUUUCACAGAUCCGGCGCGCCCUACAGGAGUGCCUCCUUCGGCCAGGUGGACGUUAAUCAAGAUGCAGACUUUACUUUCAGCGCAAACUCGCACUUUCCUCUUCCAGCGAAUCGACAGAAAACUCAGCCGAUCGUAACGUCUAAUCGCUCCGAGACCAAAGACGUUCGAGCGAGCACGUUACCUCGUCGUCGGGGUGAUGUCACUCCAGGUAGCACGACACCUCAAAACAGUCCCAAUCGACAGAGCCCGAGGACGUCGACGCCCAGCGUCGACAGCGCCGUCGGCUCUGCCGAAGGUCUGGGUGUUUCUCAGCAAGGGAACCACGAGGAGAUCCGACCUAGAAGCGAUGGUUCAGAUAGUCUGGCAACUUCCAGUGCACUCACUAGUCCGGAACCGCUAGUUCCAGAGACGAACCCAAUCGAGCCUAGGAUCGAUCUGGUGCAAACGGAGGCGCCCACAGUUGAACUGGUUGGCCACGAGUCUGUGUAUCCAGUCGUUGAAGGAAACAUAGUGGAGGAAACCAUUCAAAAAGAGACCAGGAUAGAGCCGCACGAGGUGAUCAUUACACCACCCCCGGAGGAGCCGCGGUUGAGCCAAGUGAGCGAGGGCAGCGAGGCGCCGAGCGAGACGCCCUCGGAGGCGUCCUCGCCAUCCGGCAAGACGAGACGAUACCGGGGCGACACCAGUAAGAGGAGGAAGGGCGUGUACAUAACUCAAUGGCCAGAGCCCUUGGACGCGGACAGGAACAAGCUGUCGGCUCAGAGCAGCGAGGAGAGAGACGAGCCACCUGCGACACCCAGCGACCUGUCUGACUGCGAGGGCCACACGCCUCGAAGGUACAGCAAGAGGCCCCUUCGCGGGCCGUACGGGCAAAUGCUGGAGGCCGAGAUGGCAAAACCGCGCACCACCGAUAUCGCGCUCGACGAAGGUCUUCGUCCUCGCAGAAAGAUCUCUGCAAAUCUCUCGUACAACGCGAGCAGCAACAACAACAGCGGCUCCGAGCCGCCCACGCCCUGCCACCAUCGGACGACCUCCAGUCCGACGAAACUCGAGGGACAUCCGGGGCCGAGUCCUGAGCUGCUCGCGGAACUGCUGAGAGGGUCCUCGGAGAGGGUGGCUCGCGCACCGGCGCAUCGAAACGAUACGAGGACUCACGUGGUUGUGGAGCUUUACGAUACGGAACGCUCCUACGUAGAGGCGCUACAAAUACUAGUCAAUAAAUACUUACAGCCCCUGAAGAGCCCCGAAAAUGCUGGUCUGGUGGACGCUGGAACAGUCGACGAGAUAUUUUAUCAGAUCCCUGCGCUUCUCAGUCAUCAUGAGGUAUUCUUGGAGGAGUUGCGUAGGCGACUGGACACCUGGGAACUCAAGCAAACGAUCGGCGACGUCUUCCUCGAUGUGUUCACGAAGCCGGUGGUGCUGGAGACAUAUACCCUGUUUCUGGACAAUUGGAAGUCUGCGAGGAAGGCGAUAAAAACAACGUGCCAAGCGAAGCCGGCCUUCGCACGAUUUCUCGAGACAAUGGAACGCGAGCACAAGGGCAAACUGGGGUUGGACCAGCUGCUGAUUAAACCCGUGCAGAAGAUUCCGCGGUACGAACUAUUGAUCCAGAGGUUACUAAAACACACGGAUCCAACGCAUCCCGAUCACGAGCUGCUGCAGGCCGCGCAGAAGGAAGUGCACGAACUAGUCGUGAAGAUCAACUGCACGGAAAGGGAGUCGCUCGAAUGGGAACAGCAGCAGACCACGCUCAGGGAGGUCCAGGCUCUCGUCGAGGGUCUCGCUGGCAUCGUAACGAACGACAGAGCUUUCGUCCGACACGAUCUGGUCACCAUAGCGUCGAAUCAGGGCACACGGAAGGAACGGGCUUUAUUUUUGUUCUCCGAUCUCCUCGUCAUCACCAGCAUCAAGCGCAGAAGCGGCACGAUAAGAAAACCAUCAACAAGCACAUGUCCGAAUAGUCUGGUCGGUCUUCUUGACGCAAACAAGUACAAAAUGCUGAUGCGAAUCUCACUGGACGAUCUCGAAGUGAUGAAAGCCAAAGAUGAGAAUUUAAGGCGAAUGGCGCGCGAAGUGGACUAUCUCCGAGAAGACUGCACGAAGUUGACUCAGCUGCAGGAGUUGGCCACGACUUUGCAUGGCGCCAAGCAACAGUUGGAAGAUCUUAUCAAGGAUCUGCUGAGUCAGGCCCAACGACAAUUGGCGGAAAGAAACGCGGCGCAUUCACAACUGGCUUGCCUAGAACUUACACUCAAUACUCAAGCCGGAAUCGAGAAUAUAUCCAUCAUGUUCGCGAAGCCUGACAAGCGUGCGAGCUGGGAGGAGAGCUUUAAUGAAGCCAAACAGAAGCUCGCACUGUCGGCCGACAGGAGACCAUGUCCUGAAUUUGUUGGACCCCUGCCGAUUAGGAAAACGCGAGCAGGUCUCCAAUUCACCUGUGCGGCGCCGACAUUGGCGAACGGACAAGGAUCAAAGGAUGUCUGGGUUUGUAACAGCGAUGGUUAUGUCGGACAAGUGUGCGUGCUAAGCUUGAGCCCGGAACCGCCGCAGGUAACGUCAUGCAAUGGAGUCUGUAACGCCAGGAUACUCUGCGUAGCUGGAAUACCUGCGUGCACGCCUGGUUCAAACUCGUGCACGUCGAACAAUAGUCCGUUUGUUAACAGCAAGAGCGGUAUUAGUAUAUCGGUGCAAGAUGUGGAUGCCAGCGGCGGUAACAUACAGUUAGACAGCUCGAGCUCCGACGAUUCGGACUCGGACGACAUUCCAUGCGCGGAUACGAGCAGCGUAACGUUGAGCGGUGACGUAUCGAGUAUUGACAAUACUACCACGGAGGAAGAUGCGAAUCAGCCCACAAUGUGGCUGGGAACCGAGGACGGCUGCAUCCACGUGUAUAACUGCAACGAUAAUAUUCGAAUUAAGAAGAAUAAAGUGAAGAUACAGCACGGCAGCAGCGUGCAUUGCAUUAUAUAUUUGGAUAACAAGGUGUUCGUCUCUCUCGCCAACGGAGACAUCACCGUUUACGUUCGGGACCAUACCGGUGGAUGGAAUACUCCGGAUCCAACGACGGUGUCCGUCGGGACGGUAGCGUCACCGGUGACAAAGAUGCUGUCCGUCUCUGGGAAACUGUGGUGCGGGUGUCACAAUAGCGUUAAAGUCCUAAAUACCCACACUCUAGAUAUCGAGCAUACAUUUACUGUGAGCAGUGACACAAGCCGUGCCGUUUCCUGCAUGGCGAACUCCGGAGGUUUAGCCGUUUGGAUUUCCUUACACAACAGCGCUGUGUUAAGGCUUUUCCAUUCCGGUACAUACGAGUGCCUAAGCGAUAUCAACAUCGCGCCAGCUGUUACCAAAAUGCUUGCCACAGGUUGCGAUGACAUAAUUCGGCAGCACAAGGCUGCAUGUCUCAGGGUCACCGCACUAUUGGCUUGCAACGAGUUGCUUUGGAUCGGCACGAGUGCCGGUGUGCUGCUCACCGUGCCAAUUCCCCAUAUAAAGCCAUCUACUCAGAGGAUGUCGCAGCCGCCGAUCGUGACUGGAAUUCCUCACGGACAUACAGGACACGUGCGUUUUCUCACCUGCGUAGAAACGCCGAAUCCUUCGAAGCCAGAUCCUCGACCGAAGGUGAACCGUUAUUCAUUAAAGUCGAACAAAACGCAGCAGAAUAAUAUUAAUCGCAGCAAACUCCUGGUGAUAUCCGGCGGAGACGGUUACGAAGACUUCCGCGGACCUCAAGCCUCUGCCGAGUUGCAGGCUGGUCGCGAGGACUCCACGAACCAUCUAUUGCUAUGGAAAGUGUGAUAUGAUAUGGCACGACCCCAGGCAAGGGUCGAGGUAAACGAAAGCCGGCAUGACACGCCGUGGGAAUCGUUGUUGUAUGCGCAGCACGCAGGCCGUCGCCGUCGUUUGAUCGUGGCCGAUCAGGACGCAUCGGCGGGCCAGGUUUUCAGGGAACGCGGGAGGGUUCUCUGGCUGGUAUUAGCCGAAUGGAUCAAGAGUAAGAUGCGAGAACUGCACUCUCAACACGAAAGGAAGUAUCGGUUGCAGUUCACGCGGGAGUCUGAUCAACCGAGGAUAGUCACCGACCUGUCUUUAUCGUCAUUGUGCAAUUUAUGAGCGGAUCUGCUAUUAGCCUGACCAUGAGCAAUCACGUCGAUCUGACGUAAGAUCGUUUAUCAACGACGAGUGCUCGAUGGCCAUCACAUUUUUUUUCUUACUUUCUCGAAUACGUAUCCGAAAUUAUUUGGAGAUUAAUAUGUAACGAAACAAUUGUUACAUGAUUUAGAUCUGAACGUUUAGAAUAUUUUUUUCAUUAUAUUGUAAAUUGUUAAAUCAUUAGCAAUUUUUGUUUGCAUAUAUUAAAAAGAUAAUUAUUAAAAUAUAUAUAUAUUUAUCUAUAUUUGUGAUAUUUAUAUUUAUUUUAAAAGGUGAUUUCUUUGUGGAUUGAGCACGUGCCUUUGGUAAAUUAUUAAUACCGAACAAAUUACGGGAUCGAAUCUUAUGUUGGAAAUGAUAAGAGCUAAUCAUUGAUACAAUUCUUUAUGUACGUCCGCUGUACACACGAGGACAUAAUCCUUAAAGCGGUUCACACAUUAAGGAGAUAUAUACACCUAGACAAGUCAAAAUAUAUGAUCUAACUUUGCAAUUUUCGAAAUAAUGCAAUUGAAAGAAAUAACAAUUAGUUAAAGUUAUAUAAAUUUUUACUAUAAAUUUUGUUUACUUUUUGACCGUAAAAGUUGAACAUUGUAAAAAAUAUAUGUCAAAUAUUAAUUUUUAAUAUCUAAAAACAUAUGUAAAAUAUGUAAAAUUGCAAGUCGGUCAAGCUAUUUUCAAAAAAUAAUGAUUACUUUUUUUCAAAAACAUGUAGGAUAAUUUGAAUAGCGACACCAUUUUAUAUUAUCUCUCUUUAUUUGUCCACAAAAAUUGCAAAGUUUGACUCGUUUUACUUAUAUUGAUUCAUCUAGAUGUUUACAAGCUCUCUUAAACUAACAUAUUCCAAAAUAACAUGAAGGUCCAAAGAAUAAUAAGAGUUUGUAAGAAUAUCUACGAGGUAAGAAUAUCUACAGAAAUGGAACCUCUUUUAAGUAUUUUCAAGAUGCUUCUUAGAUCCUUAUAUCGUUCGGAUUUAAUCCAUAAGCGUAUUUUCUUUUGACUUUGCACUUUCUAAUAUCUUAUACAUUUAAAAUGGGAAGAAAUGUAAUCAACUUUUUAAGGAAAAAAAUAUUAUAAGUUAUAAAAAUUGUUAAAAAAUAUAGAAAGUAUAAUUAAACACAAAACAGAUCUUCCAAAUCAAACCGGAUCAGGUAAAAACUAUCGAUACUGAAAAAUCGACAGAAUACGGUACCUGGACGUUGAAUCGAGCUUAUAUAUGUGUAUCAAGGGCCUACAUCAAUUAACAAAUAUAGAGAUCUAUAUUUCUUACAAGUACUAAAGUGCCAAAAAGAAAAAGAAAAAAAAAAGAAAACGAAUUCCGUUUCCCAUUUGUCGAUUGAUUGCAAAAAUGCUAACGUACUUCAUUAUUUCCAGUACGUGAUAUAAUGUAACUCGAUGUGUUCGUGUUAAUUGUUAAGAGUUUAUCGAGUUCGUGUACUUCAAAUACGUUUAAAAUAAACGGAUUUAUUUAUUUAAAAGGAAUAAAUAAAAAAUCUGAAGCUUUUUUGCGUAUUAGAAGUGAUUGUUUGUAUUCUACCUAUACGCGCGCACGCGUAUAAAAGUGUAUAUGUGCGUAUAUGUGGAGAGAAACUUCAUUAUCUCCUAAUUAAAACUACAUGUGAGUAAAAACAAAUUUACAAUUACAAGCCAAUAGAAGUGCCAAUAAUUAUUGUAUCAUGAAGUUGUCAUUAUUGUAUCUUUUUUACUUUAUACGCUGUUCACAGAAAAAUUAUUACUUUAAUAUUGAAAAUCUGUUGUAAAUUUUUAAACUCAGCUGUGAUGGAUACUUAAAGGAUUGUAUAUUUAAAAAUUUUAAAUUGUAAAAAUUGAGCUUCUCAAUAUUGAACUCAACAAAAUUAUAUUAAAUGAAAAAUCUUUGAUUCUUAAUAGAAAGUCUUUGAUUGAACAAUUUUUCUCAAUAUAAGUACUGCCUCUAUUAAUUUUUCUAAAUUUUUUAAGAAUUAUAUAAUUUUAUUUGACGAGAAAAAUAUAAUAUUAGUAACUUAAAGUAAAUUUUAAAAGUUUCGUGUAUUUUGCAAUUCUAUGAUGAUUUGGUCAUUUAUAUUCUUUGCAUCUACAAGACUUUGCAAUCAAUGUCGUAUUGAAUAAUACAAUAAUUUAAAAGCACGAUUAAUUGAAAAUAGAUUCGACAAUAUGCCCCUUAGGCUCAUUAUCGAAUCCAUUUUUUUUACCAAGAAUCCACACGCGACAAUUUAGAAUUAUUAAUUAUUAUAUAUAAGCGUUCAAAGAAUGCAUUGCUAUUUUCAUAGGUAGAAGUGUGCAACAUUGAUUGCCACAAGUCUAUACAUACAAGUCUGUACAAUCGCAAGUGAUUUAAAAAAUUAACCGUAUAAUAAAUAUACAACAUACCUGACAAUAAUUAAUUGAUAAUGAACCGAAGUAACUGUAUACGAGACCAAUCGAUAAAUUGUGUGUAUGUGUAAUUAGUAUUUUGUCAUUUUUUGUUAACAUACAAAUGCGAUUAAUGCAACGGCCAAACAAUUAUUUCGAUUUCGUAUGAACGCAAUGACUUACAUGACGUAGAUUUAAUCGAUAUUUAAUUUGAUAUAAAAUGAGUUAAUUUAAGUAAAAAAAAUACAACAAAUCUAUAAAUUGAAUAAAAUAGCUAUUGUAAAUAUUUUGAUUAAACAAAAGUAAAUUUUUUUGUAACACUACACACACUUUAUGUCUUUUUAGUUCUAUUUUAUUAAAUUAUUUGAAAUAAAUGGAUCUUUUUAGAUCAAGAAAUGUGGU